AUAAAAGUAGAUCAUGUCUCAACAAGAUAUCGGUGAAACAUAUAAGCAAAUAAAUGAAGCCGAAAAAAGGGCUGAUGCUCUUGAAAAAAUGCUUGAUCAGUUAGAUGCUAAAAUGGACUCAAUCUUACAAGAAACAGAAUCAAUAAAUAAGGUUGACACCAAUGGAAAAGAAGCUGCUGAUGCUGAAAAGAAAGAUUAAUAAUUUUCCUUUUUUAUUAUACAUGAAUUGAUAUU